CGUCCAAUGAACGGUUUCGUUUUUCCCCUCGCGAUACGCGUGCGCUACUUGUGCAUCAACCAACUAAGCAACAUUGAAAACCGCGAAAGGGUGCACGCACGAGGCACGAUUCUCGACAUUUCAGGAGCCUUCACCGCGCACCUGGCUCUAUCUAGAAGAUUGUUCGUGCGACAGCAUGGUGAUCCUUACCAGCUUCCCGCCGCCCGACGAAGGCAUCCGUCAUCGUGAGGAGGCGACGGCCGCAUUUAUCCAAAGCAGGGACCUUGGCAAGGGAACGCUCUACAUUGCCGAAAGCCGUGUUUCCUGGGUCGGCCAGGACAGCUCUGGCUUUUCCCUGGAGUACCCUUCGGUGGCACUGCACGCUUUGUCGCGGGACCUUCGGGCCUUCCCUGAGGAGUGCCUCUAUCUGAUGAUUGAUGGUGAUCUAGGUGAAGGUGAGGAAGAGUCCAGCGAGAAUGGGCAGGAUGAUGAGCAGCCUGCUUCAGAGAUCCGCUUUGUGCCAGAUGACAAGUCACAUCUGGAAGCGAUGUACAAGGCAAUGUCGGAGUGCCAAGCCCUGCACCCAGAUCCUGCUGACGUUGGCGAUUCAGAUGACGAUGGCGUUUAUGAGGACGCUGACGAGGAGGACGAAGGGGCGGAAUAUGAUGUUCGAGCAGCCGAACAGCAGCGUGGCUGCCACCAACUUGAGGCAGAUGCUGGUAACGGUGACUGGGAGGCUGGAGACGAGCCCAUGGAGACGGGGCAAUUUGAAGACGCAGAGCCAGACCAUUGAAAUUCGCUUCAUUCACCUUGCUGGACGCUUCUGCUACAAAAGGCACUGAUAUAAGGAGAAUGCAUCUUGUCAUUUGCAUGAAGAAACGGCAGAGCGGUCUAUUUCACCAACUGUUGUUGCACUAGUUGGUAAAACUAGUGAACAAUGGGGAGGAUACUGCAAAGUUAGCAACUGCCAUUUGACAUCACAACGAGCGGCACCUUGCGUUUGCUUGCCUGAAGCCGUCGCCUUGUCUGCAUGGAAGCUGAAUAGACAUUGCCAGCUGCCUUGUUUAAGUUAAGACGCUGUGGCGAUCGCACGGGAUAAGCAGAAAUACAUUAUGCAUAUGGAGGGCACUUUCACUAAUGAACCUGACAUCACAUGAUGCAUUGUAUUUAUCGCCUCCAACCCUACACUUUUGCUCAGCCAAAGAGGAAAGCGUGUAGACAUGUUUUGCAUGUAUGUGCUAUGUGCCCUUUAUGUUUGUCAUCCUUUUCCUGCUUAAGGAGGGGGAUCAGCACACCAAAUAAACUUUGUUACUCAUUCUGAA